AUGGAUACUUUAGAAAGUUCAAGAAAUAACAAAUCAAAAUGGAGGUUAAACCUCCAAAUAUUGUACAUACUUCUUCUAGCGACACACUGUCAAGGAAGCUCCAGUCAUACUGAUAAAACCAAAACAGAAGUAAAAUUAGAUAAUAAAUUAGAUUCUAUUCACUGCCAUAGCUGUUAUAGUAGUAGGAACAAUGAAUCUUCUGUAGAAAAUUAUUUUAAAGAUAUUGUAGAUACAUUAAGUACAUAUGCUGAUGAAAAUUUCAAUUUAAAUUCAACUGUUACAUAUUUAGAAAGAGCUGUUGAAAAUAUAUUAGAUAACGCUCUAUCUAAAAAUAGAUUUAAGAUUUCCGAUGAAGUUGAAAUCAAGGUGGAUCAAAUUAAUGACACUAAACUUGAGAAAAGGCAUGAACAAGGAAGAGAAUUAUUUAGUAAAUUCACAUAUGAAUAUCGAUUGUAUCAAAAAGUAAAGGAUUUCAUUAAUACUCAUAUUCUAUCAAUAAACCUACCGAUGGCUGCUAAAUCGUUCGGUAUCAACAAAUUCUUUUUACCAAUUUUGAUCGGAGGGCAGGUGCUUAUAAAAUCGAUCCUCUUUGCAAUGUUCCUGCCCAGUAUUCUCGGCAGUUUCGGCAAAAUGCUCAGCAAAGGUUUGUCCCACAUAUCAGCUUCAUCAUCUCAAGCCAGCUACCCUCCGGCCACUGUAGAUGAUCAGACCGGGUACAAUACGGACAACAAAGAUUUCAUGGGAUACGAGACCAAUCAAGCAGGGUCUUAUGCAUACCCUCAGGAUGGCAUGUACGGAGACGCGAAUGAUGUGAACGAACUCGGAAAUGUCGAUAUGUCAAGGUUCGGUGAAGGACAAAAAGUUGGUUUUCUACCGUCAAAGAACAGUUACUAUAAAAAUCAGAUGGGCGCAUACAACUACAAGGUAUUCCAGAAAAUUCCAGCUUCAUCAAUGAUUCUUAGUAACUAUGAUCCCUUCUAUUCGCCGUUGCUGUCGAGACUGGAUGGUAUAUUUGCAAGACUUGGUUUAGAGCCAUCAGAUAACUCAAUCAACGAUAACAUAGAGGCUUGCAGGGAGCAGCUCAUCUGUCUUAUGUACGCAAAUCCAGCAAAAUUUGCACCGUACAGUAACCUGAUUUCUGCACAAUUAAGCAGAGAGCUAAAUGAACUUCGACGUCCAGUGUCUGACAACCCCGAAAUAUUAAGGUUCUUUAAAUACAUGAAGGCGGCGAGAAGAGGCCAAGAACAGUCCGACUGCAUGUACUCCUACCCUACAUGUACUUCCAAUGCUCCGAAGACUCACACCAUGAUAGCAGCAUACCACGACAUUAAUAAACUCGUUACUGCCAGAAAACUCAACUAA